AUGGAUCUCUCACAGGUUGUUGUGUGGAGCAGAGAGGAAAGUGUUAACCUCUCACGCGCCAUUGUGGUGAGUAAUGUGCCUUUGGAUGUUAGCAAUGAGACCCUUGGUAUUGAGAACGAGGCUGGGCCUUGGCCUGUCCAUGUAGUUGGCAGCGUAGUAGGCCCUGGUGCUCCCUCAGAAGGUGAUGCUUUUCAGCUAAAGUUAAUGGCCCUUUUACAGGAGGAGGGAAAAUCCAUGGAGGAAGUUAAAGCCAUAGUUAUGGGAAAUCCGCCUCCUAAAGCUGACAUCAGUGUAGGUCUAGUUGAUGCUAUUGGAAAAUUAGUGGACCGGUGUAAUCAGGUGUCUAGUGAUGGGCCUGACUAUAGAAAACUGAGACUGUUCUCUGGCUUAAGACCUGUCCCUCCAGGUGAAGAAGAAUAUGAAGUCUGGAUGGAACAAGCUGCCCAGAUGAUAAUGAGUAACCCAUCUGCUACUGCCACUGAAUAUCUAUCUGCCCUUGACACCGCAUAUGGCACCACGGAGAGUGGACCUGAUCUAAUGGCUAAGUUUCGUCAUACUUACCAAGAAAGUGGAGAAAAAUUGUCUGAUUUCCUGUACAGGCUAGAUAAACUUCUUCACAGAGCCUUCUUUAAGGGUGGAAUUGACGCAGCUGGCAUUAAUAAAGCUAGAAUGGAGCAGCUGACUAAGGGAGCUCUUACCAGUGACAUGGUUGCCUUACGAAUAAGGAUGACUCACAUUCUGCGAGAUCCGCCUUCUUUGUCACAGUUGAUGAAAGAGGUGAGGGAGGAGGAACACUGGGUAGCUGCUCGAGCGGAUGUUAAAGCUUCUGUUGCCACUGUUAUUUCUCCACCAGUGCCUGUGCCAUCUGAAUUGCAAAACCUGAGAAAAGAGGUUAAAUAG